GCGGCGAAUUGAGCUCGGCGGGGAUGGAAGCGAACGGGACCGCAGAGCCCGGGAACAGCUCCGGUGAUGCUGACUGGGGCGAUCUGGGCGGGCAGGAGAGCAUGUGGGGAACCGUCGCUCUGGUCGUGCUGCUGUCAAUCAUUGUGGCCAUCACGGUGGUGGGAAACAUCCUGGUUCUCCUGGCGGUAGCGACACACCGCAGUCUCCAGACGCUGUCUAACGUCUUCCUGGUGUCGCUCUGCGUCUCUGAUCUUCUGGUGACGGGACUGUAG